AUGACUUCUGCGGACCUCUCCUCCGUUCCCAACGGAGUCCAGUCGGGCGCUGCUGCUGCUUCCCCAGCCGCUUCCAACCCCGCGCCCGGUCAGAUCCUCACCGGAAAACAAGAACAUUAUCUCAAGCGCGAACUCAUCGCCCGCCAAGUUCAGAGCGAAAUUUCCGAACUGAAUUCGCCAACCGCUCUCCGACGCUUCGGUGCCCCUUUCAAAUCCGAAUUCGGCGAAGUCGCGCCCGUCGACUCGGAGCUUCCCAUCCUACGAUACAUCUUCGUCCACCAUGUGCGCAAUUUCCCCUUCCUCGAUCAAGCUCGCGAGAAGGAGUUCUGGCAGGAUAAGUUACAAGUGUUCCUCGAAUCGUUCGCGACGAAGCAUGUAUCCUCCUCCGAAGAUCGUCUGGAAGAGACCAAGCGUCGGAAGUUAGCCCGGAAGUGCGAGAAACUGGUCGAGCUGAUGAUGGUCUCGGGUAUCCCCACGGCAUCGGGCUACGAGGAGCGGAUCCAAUUCUCGGAGAUGGAGGUGGUAGACCGAGGGGCUAACGAAAAGGGGCUGUUGGUCAAUAUGCCGGAGGGUCAUGCCAUCCAUGGCUGGGACGUCAACGUGGCUGCCGUACGCGUUACCUCGGUCAGGAGGACGGUGCGAUACCACCAGCAUGCAGAGUUUAUCCUUCGAGUGCGCCGCGACGGAAAGCCCGAUCUCUUCGUGGCUCGACGAUAUGGCGAUUUCGCCAAGUUUCACAAGCGACUACGCACGGAAUUUCCAGGCAAACCACUCCCACCCCUUCCCCGCAAGAACAAAUCCUCCACGACAACGAGCUGGUUCGGAUCGGCAGACGAUGAAGCAUCCUCAGUGUCGUCGGUUUCAACAGUGGGUGUCGCUGUGGUUGAUGACGGCACAUCCUCCCGUAACUUGGCCCCCGGAAACCACCAUCAGCGGUCGUUGUCGCGGUCAUCCAGGCGUUCCGUAAGAUCUCCCCGAGCUUCCAGCGACGGGUCGAGGGAGACGGUACUUUACCGCGAAGAGCAGAGAGUUUCUCUUCGGGCGUUCCUUCGGACCUUGCUGCAAAACAAGCGUAUAGCUGAGACAAAGGCCAUGGAAGAGUUCCUCACAGCGGACCCCAUCAUUUUGAAUGAGGAGGAGGUGCUGGACAUGCAGAAGCGCAAAGAUGUCGAUGCGGUGCGCAUAGAGGAGCAGAAGCGGUUCUACGAGAUCGCCAGGGCGCGUGCAGCCGAAUUGGACGUCUACAUGGAGAACUUCCGCCGCGACAUUGUGGAGAGCAACGGUUUGACCAAACUGUUCGCUGAAAUCAAGGAAAAGCCCACGGUGCAGGAUCUGAGUCCCAAGUAUCAGAAAUUUGCGGAGUGGCUCCGGAUAGAGGUUGCUGCAACACUUUACCACCUUUUCCUGGCCGAGGAUAAUUCCCCUGAAUUGUUCGCGCAAGCUAAGCGAAUUCAUUCGCUUGUCCCGUACACUUUGUUGAAGAAUGUUAUUCGUAUUGCCAACCCCGCGGCCGUCAUGGCAGGAGUGCUGGACCUGUUCUUGGCCCAACCCUUCGGCUCUCGAUCCCUGCUCCAGCGGAUCUUCUCCAUGACCCUCAACGAUGGCAUCAAGGCCUUCCAGAAAUCGAUCGAUGCGUUGGCUGCCAAGGUCGACGAUCCCAUUCUUUGCCAAAAGUUGAAAGCCUUCACCGAUGCCGACGAAGAGGUCAAGAACGAGAUUCGUGCCGAAGCUGCCGCCGAGGAUGUUGACAUUAUCGUGGCCAUCCUCCGUAGCGAGUAUCUGCAACCAGAGCUGGCUCCAGAGCAAUUCGGCAAGGUGUUCAAUGGAUACGUAGCAUGGAACCAAGCCGUGGACAAUGUUGAGGUGGAGAUGCGCGAGGGGGCGCAUUGGUUUGCGAACUUGAAGCAGCUUUUGAAGCUGUACACUCGUCAAAGAGACAAGGCUAUGAUGUUGAGCAUCGUAGAAGAGCCAACUACUCUUCAGCUGUUCCGCGACCUCUUCACCAUCUUCUACGAACCCCUGGUGCGCGUCUACAAGUCUGCCAACGUCUAUAGCAGCAUCACCGAUUUUGCACAUUUCGCCGACGAUGCGAUUGCGGUGAUUGAGAAGUGUCAGCGGCAAGAUGUGUCGGCAGAUCCGAACCAGACCGUACAAGCCUUUAUCGACCUGUGCGAGCGCCAUCAAAGUAGCUUCUACAAAUUCGUUCACGAAGUUCACCUGCACGACAAUGGCCUGUUCAGUUCUCUCAUGGCGUGGAUCGAGGAGAUUCUCGAAUUCCUGCGCAAGGGGCCGCGUGGAGGUGCGCUCGAUAUGAACGCCUUGCUUCGGGGAGCCACGGAUUUCGUGCAGAUUGACAAGGACAAGGCCCUGGAAGAGAUCAAUGCCCUGAUCAAGUGGCAUGAAGACCGAAAGCGGUGGCACUUGAACAAGACGCGGCAGAAGAUGGCCGCUGAGGGCACGGCACAUGACGGAUACUUGGGUAACGCGUCAUUCCGAGGCAGCGACUUUGGCCUCGACGAGGCCGACCUGGAAGACCUUGCCAUCUCGGACGCCGAGUCGGAAGCAUCCGAAGAUCUGGACGACGAAGAGGACCUAGACCCGAUCUCGGCGGAGCGCAGGCGGCGGGUCAAGCAGCAGGACCAACUUCGGCGUACGGCAGGCGAGCCGGUCAAGCCGGACAUCAGCGAAAUUCUCAAGUUGUCCGAGUCAUUUGGCGUUAUGUUGCGACAGGUACUUGCGGAAUAA